UCAAAUGAAAACAGGGCAAACUCGUUAAAAGGUGGCCUUAGCUUGUGCGACUGAACGAAACAACCGAAAAGCAAUUCAUCGAUAAAUAAACCGAUAAUUGAUAACUAUUAAGCAAUAAUCGAUCAACGAAAUCAGCGAUCAAAUCAAAAUAAUCAAAAAAAUAAAACUAAAAAUAAAUAUCAAAACUUAAGAAAAAGAAAAAUCUCAACAAAGACGACGCGCAGCGGCAGCGGCAGCGAUUUAUCGAUAGCCGAUAGACUGGCUCUGAACCACUGCUGGCGGUGUGUGUGUGUGUGUGUGCGUGUGUGUGCGGUGGUGCCCCACGCGGCCACGCAUAUCCAUCCCCACUCCCCCGCCAAGAGCAAAGUGAUAGAAAAUGGUGUCUCAUGUCAAAAUCGAUUCACCUGUUUUUCGCCUGCACACCAACGCAACGGUUAUAUUACUGAUCACAUUCUCGAUUGCUGUGACGACGCGGCAGUACGUAGGAAAUCCCAUAGACUGUGUACACACAAGAGACAUUCCCGAAGAUGUUCUCAACACAUAUUGUUGGAUACACUCAACGUAUACAGUGGUCGAUGCGUUUAUGAAGAAGCAAGGUUCCGAGGUGCCUUUUCCCGGAGUUCAUAAUUCACAGGGCCGCGGCCCUCUAACAAUAAAGCACACAAAAUAUUAUCAAUGGGUAGCGUUUACACUAUUUUUUCAGGCAAUCUUAUUUUAUACACCAAGAUGGCUGUGGAAAUCUUGGGAGGGUGGCAAGAUUCAUGCGCUCAUCAUGGACUUAGACAUAGGCAUUUGUUCCGAAGCCGAGAAAAAACAAAAAAAGAAAUUACUUUUAGAUUAUUUGUGGGAAAAUUUAAGAUAUCACAAUUGGUGGGCGUACAGAUAUUACGUGUGUGAGCUGCUCGCCCUUAUAAAUGUGAUAGGUCAAAUGUUUCUUAUGAAUCGAUUUUUCGAUGGCGAAUUUAUGACAUUUGGCCUGGAUGUGAUAGAUUAUAUGGAGACCGAUCAGGAAGAUCGCAUGGAUCCGAUGAUUUACAUAUUUCCCAGAAUGACCAAAUGUACAUUUUUUAAAUAUGGUUCAAGUGGGGAGGUGGAAAAACACGACGCCAUUUGCAUUUUACCAUUAAACGUUGUUAAUGAGAAAAUUUACAUUUUCCUUUGGUUUUGGUUCAUCUUAUUAACGUUUCUCACAUUAUUAACGCUAAUAUACAGGGUGGUUAUUAUAUUCUCACCUCGAAUGAGGGUCUACUUAUUUCGUAUGCGAUUUAGGUUAGUGCGUCGUGACGCUAUUGAAAUAAUCGUUCGUCGUUCAAAGAUGGGCGAUUGGUUUUUGUUGUAUUUAUUAGGUGAAAACAUAGAUACGGUUAUAUUUCGUGAUGUUGUACAGGACUUAGCGAAUCGUUUAGGACAUAACCAACACCACAGGGUGCCUGGCUUAAAAGGUGAAAUACAGGAUGCAUGAUAUUGGGAGUAUUAGAAACAAUACAAAAUGCAAUUUGUCGUCUCCAUUUGAAAACCAUCUCAAAAAGCAAUUAAAACUCAACUAAAGCAAGAAUAACUAAACAAAGACUUGAUACCAUAUGAGAAGAGAAUAUCGUUAGAGAAUAUCUUAGAGAAUCGUCACAGCACACAGCAGCAGCCGCUUCAUGAACUUCACAGAAACAAAAAAAAAAAGAUAAUGAAAAAAUCUCAAAGACACACCAUUAACUAAAAUCACCAUUCAACAAUCGCAACAACAAAAAAAAUGUCAAAAAUAUUUAAAAAAACGUAUCUUAAAAAUACAACCAAAAAAACUAUCGUCAGCGCGCAGUCAUUUUUGAAAUCAAACAUAAAAAUCCGGCAUGGUCGUGAAGUCACUAGCACCAUGGUCGAUAGCAGGCGUCUAUCGAUAGUCGAUAACCAACCAACAAACCAACACACACACACACAGGGCAGAACUGGAAACUAAUCGGAAGCGGAUGAAAAAUUAAAUAAAUUUAUAAAAAAAAAAAAUCAAAUGAGAAUGUAAAACAGGAAUAACAACAGGAAAUGCAUUGGAAUAGUAGAAUAGUCCUUUCGAAGGACAAGAACAACUGCUAUCCAGCAGACAGGACACGGCGACCGGAGGCAAGUGGCGCCUGCCGCCGGUCAAUGGUCACAAGGAUACAAGGUCACGAGUCAAAGGAUCUUAGCUAAGAAAGAAAGCUAAGCGAUCUGCGAUCCAUAGAAAAGUUGCCCCUAAGGACAAGAACAAAGUGUGAGCAGGACAAACGGAAACGGAGACGGAAACGGAUACACAUAUAGCUUAUAGCUACAUCAAUCAUACGCCCCGUAGGACAUACACACACAUGUACACACAAAGACACACAUACAAAGAAACACAGACUCAUCGCACUUUGCUUGUCAUGCAGCGUUAACUAAAACCAAACAUCAACAAAGUCGAGACGACGCCCGCGGAAAAUUGCAUUUCUGUAUUAACCCCAAAAAAAAAAAUUAACAUCACUAGCAUCAUGUUAUCACCUAGAGGAAGGAGCAGAGUAGAUCAGGACACCAUAAACGAUGCAACAACAACAACAACACGAAGGUGAGAGGUCAAGUAUCCUCGCCGGUCGCCUCAAAACAAAAAAAGGAGGACACCAAACAAGCGAACAACGAGAGAGCGCAAAAAAGAAAAAGUCACGAAGGAGCAGAGAAGCAGAGGAGGAGGAUAAACCAGCAGCAAAGAGAAAACGAAGUAAAAGAAAUAAAAGAAAGUAAAUGUAACAGUUUAAUUAAAUUAAAUUCAAUUCAAUUAAAUUACUUAUUACAAUGAUAUCUUGAAGUGUUCAUGUAUUCGAAUGUAGGUUAACUAAGUCAAGCAUACAAAAUAAUUCUACAUUACAUAUAUACAUAUAUGAUUAUAUAUAUAUACAUAUAUAUAUAUAUAUGAAAGGAGAAUCUAUAUGUAUAUAUACA